UGACCUCUAGAGUACUUAAUAAUUUCUCCAAGCAAGUCUGCAAAAGCAGCUCUUUUACCUCCUCAUCCAUAAAUACCCGCCCAACUCAUCCCAUCUCUCCCCCACCAGAGAUAUAACGCAGAAGACUUAAAAGAAAAAAAAAAUGGUGGCGAAGCUGGCGACGACGGGGAGGAGAUUGUCGGAGCCAUUGGGUCCGGCAGCGUGCGAAAGCGAUUCAAAGAAACUGGAGUUCAUAGAAGAGAUGACAGUGAAAGCCGACGAGGUACAGGGGAGAGUGCUCGCCGAGAUACUCGGACGAAACUCCGAAACAGAGUAUCUCCGACGAUAUAACAUGGGCGGCGCCGCCGACCGGAAAGUGUUCAAGGAGAGGGUUCCGAUCGUCACUUAUGAGGACCUUAAGCCGGAUAUACAACGAAUCGCCGACGGCGAUCGCUCCCCCAUUCUAUCCGCCGUUCCCAUCUCAGAGUUCCUCACUAGCUCUGGAACAUCAGCGGGAGAGAGAAAGUUGAUGCCGACGAUCGAGGAGGAGCUGGACAGGAAACAACUGCUCUACAGCUUGCUCAUGCCGGUGAUGAACAUCUACGUCCCCGGUCUAGACAAAGGCAAGGCCCUCUACUUCCUCUUUGUAAAACCCGAAACCACAACACCGGGCGGGCUUCCGGCCCGACCCGCCCUAAGCUACUACAACAGCCACCAUUUCCGCCACCGCUCCUUCGACCCAUACAACAACUACACCAGCCCCACCGCCGCCAUUCUCUGCCCCGACGCCCACCAGAGCAUGUACGCCCAAAUGCUCUCCGGCCUCCUCCACCGCCUCGACGUCCUCCGCCUCGGCGCGGUCUUCGCCUCCGGCCUCCUCCGCGCCCUCCGUUUUCUCCAACUCCAUUAUCGCUCUCUAGCCGCCGAUAUCGCCGCCGGCUCCCUCUCCCUUACUCACGUCUCCAACCCCUCCAUCCGCUCCGCCGUCGCCGAAUUCCUCCGGCCGGACCCGGCCCUGGCGGACCUCGUGACCCGAGAAUGCGGGUCGGGUAAUUGGGCGGGGAUUGUUACCCGGUUAUGGCCCAAUACGAAAUAUCUGGACGUUAUUGUGACCGGGGCGAUGGCGCAGUAUAUUCCCACGCUGGAGUAUUAUAGUGGUGGGCUUCCGAUGGCGUGUACGAUGUACGCGUCGUCGGAGUGUUAUUUUGGGCUUAAUUUGAGGCCCAUGUGUCGGCCCGAUGAGGUGUCGUAUGUGAUUAUGCCGAAUAUGGGCUACUUUGAGUUUAUACCCUGUGAAGGGACGCCGGCGGCGGAGCUGGCGGAGGAGGUGGUGGAUCUGGUGGAGGUGGAGGAAGGGAAGGAGUAUGAGCUGGUUAUUACUACUUAUGCCGGUUUGUAUCGGUAUCGGGUCGGCGAUAUUUUGAGAGUUUCGGGAUUCCAUAAUGCGGCGCCUAUGUUCAGAUUCGUGCGGCGAAAGAACGUUCUUCUAAGCAUCGAAUCAGACAAAACAGAUGAAGCAGAGCUACAAGGUGCAGUAGAAAGAGCAUCCAAAUUGAUAGAGCCAUAUGGGGCCAGUGUGGUGGAAUACACAAGCCAUGCAUACACCAGAGAAAUACCCGGCCAUUAUAUCAUCUAUUGGGAGCUACUCAUGAGGGGGGAGAGGGAAUUGCCCAAAACUGACAUUUUGGAAAAAUGUUGUCUUGAAAUGGAAGAGGCUUUGAAUGCGGUGUACAGACAAAGUCGUGCCGUCGAUGGGUCGAUCGGGCCGCUUGAGAUCCGAGUGGUGCGACCCGGUACUUUUGAGGAGCUCAUGGACUAUGCUAUCUCGCGGGGCGCUUCGAUUAAUCAAUAUAAGGUGUCUAGAUGUGUCACCUUUCCACCUAUUAUUGAGUUGCUCGAUAGUCGGGUUGUGUCGACUCAUUUUAGCCCGAAGCCGCCGACGUGGAUAUGGCAACAACAUCGUAGCUUGAGCCAAUUAAGAGAAUGAUAGAGUGCACAAAAUGUGAUUAAGAGAAAUUUGAGAGAGGUGACGAUGAUGUUCUCCCUCUUUUCUCUAUCACAUUUUUAUCACAAUAAAAAUUAACCAAAACUUGUUUCAUGUAUAGGAAGGAAAAAAUAUUGCUUCCAGAGUCCGAACACAAGCUACGUCUAGACAAUGAAUUCGAUACACUAGUUUUAUUUACAGACUCUAGAAGUAAUAUUUUUUCUCUCUGAGAAGUUGAGGCAACCUCUUUAUUGUAUAUUGAUCUAAUUGAUAUGUCAAUAAAUAGCUAUAGAUGUGAUUUGUAAAAUUUGAAUGCUUCAUUAAGAAAAUGUGCAUGUCUAGUGGCUCACAUUACUGCCUCGAGUCAGUUUAUUUACUCACAACAUUCCAUGAAUCAAUAUUUUUAUGCAGCAGCCAUUAAUUU